UCCACCGGAAAUGUUUCGCUGCAACAACGGCAAGUGCAUAACCUCGCAUUGGGUGUGCAACUAUCAAAAGGAUUGUGACGAUGGCGAGGAUGAGAUGCAGUCGUGUCCGCCCCCCGAGUGCGAGACACCCCAGCUGAAUUGCGGUCAAUAUGUCUUCAAUAGGACGUACUGCAUACAGCCGCACUAUCGCUGUGAUAUGAUUGACGACUGUGAUGACAAGUCAGAUGAGGCACAGUGCACGUACCGCAAGUGCCAACAUACCGAUGUCUUUUGCAAUGCGCCCGGCGGAGUUGCACCCUCGGACGGCAGCCGCCUGUCUGGGCCCUGUGUGCCGAAGGAGAAGCGCUGCGACGGCUACUUGGAUUGCCGCAGCGGUCGCGACGAGGAGGGCUGCAGUGGCGUCGCCUGCCGCUUGAAUCAGUUCCGAUGCGCGAAUGGCCACAAGUGCAUAGAUGCGGCUUUAAAGUGCAAUCAUCGUAACGAUUGCGGUGACAAUUCGGAUGAACAGGGAUGCAACUUUCCGCCCUGCCAUCAUGCGCAAUUCCGUUGCACGAACGCCCUAUGCAUACCCUAUAACUUUCACUGCGACGGCUACCAUGACUGCGCCGACGAGAGUGACGAGGCGAACUGCACGGCGAUUGCCUGUCCGGACAACAAGUUCCUGUGCCCACGAGGUGGCGUCAAUGGCGCCCCCAAGUGCAUACUGAAGUCGCAACUGUGCGAUGGCAAACGCGACUGUGAGGAUGGCAGCGAUGAGGAGACCGCAUGCUCAACUGCAUCCUGUCCGGCGCUCAGCUGCGAGUUCAAAUGCGGCCCCUCGUUGACUGGUGGCGUCUGCUACUGUCGACCCGGCCAGUCAUUGGCGCCCGACAAUCGCACCUGCAUCGAUCUAGAUGAGUGCGCCGAAUGGGGUCAUUGCGACCAGCUGUGCACCAACACGCCCGGCUCGUACAGCUGUCAGUGUGCCCAGGGCUAUACACUGAUCAAUGAGUCCAAGUGCAUUGCCCCAGAUGCGAACAAUCUGCAACUGAUCUUCGCCCACGAUGGGGCCAUUAUGCGAAUGUUCGCCCAUGGCAGCGAUCCAAAGAUUCUGGCUAAUGCGACAGCUGCUGCAGGCGUCGCCUUCCACUAUGCCCGCAACACACUCUACUGGUCGGACAUAAAGACUCGCAAGGUGCAGUCGCUACCCCUAGAUGUUUUCAACAGCGCAGUAGCCCCAUUGGAUCAGACGUUGCCAGGCACCUGGGCGCCGGUAGCGCUGGCCGUCGACUGGGUUGGCGAUAAGAUCUAUGUGGCCGAUUUGGUGGGUCAAAAGAUCGACGUAUUCGAGCUGAGUGGUCACUGGCAUGCCGUCGUCCUCGGCUCCAAUUUAACGAGUCCCGCUGACUUGGCGCUGGAUCCCACGGCUGGUUUGAUGUUCGUGGCGGAUGGUGGUCAGGUGUUGCGAGCCCACAUGGAUGGCACACAUGCGCGAUCCAUUGUGUCUGAAGCGGCCUACAAGGCAUCGGGUGUGACCGUGGACAUAAUAGCGAAGCGAGUCUUCUGGUGUGACUCGCUGCUGGAUUACAUUGAGUCGGUGGACUAUGAGGGCGCCAAUCGCGUCAUGGUGUUGAGAGGUCAGCAGGUCCCUAGUCCCUCGCGCCUAGCGCUAUUUGAGAAUCGAAUUUACUGGACCGAUGCUACCAAGCAAGGCAUCAUGUCAGUGGAUAAGUUUGAAGGUCCCACCUCAAUACAAGUAACAUACAAGGCAAAGGAUAUACGCGAACCUAAAGGUAUCAUAGCAGUACACGCGCUCAGCCAGCCCAGAGUCUCGAAUCCUUGCGGCAACAACAAUGGCGGCUGCAAUCACAUGUGCAUUGUGACCGCGGUAAAGGGUGCUCCAACAGGUCUUGGCUACCGUUGUGCCUGCCACACUGGAUAUCAGCUGGAAACAGAUUUGAAGAACUGCAAACUGGUGCGCGAAUUUUUAAUGUACUCGCAACAACGUUUUAUAAAGGGCAAGGUGCUUGAGCCAGUUAUUGAGGGCUUCAGUGAUGCUAUUCUCCCGGUGGUUUCGAGGCGUGCUCGUUUCGUCGGCUUAGAUUUCGAUGCGCGUGAUGAGUUCAUUUACUACUCGGAUGUGCUGCAAGAUGUCAUUUAUCGCGUGCAUAGAAAUGGCACUGGUCGUGAAAUUGUACUCGCCUCACAAAACGAGGGUGUGGAGGGCCUGGCCGUCGAUUGGGCAUCCAAGAAUCUGUACUACAUUGACUCACGUAAGGGCACGCUGAAUGUGCUGUCCACGCGAAAUGUCACCCACCGACGCACACUUCUGAGAAACCUAAAGCGACCCCGCGCCAUCGUCGUACACCCAAAUCGCGGCUACAUUUUCUUUUCCGAGUGGGAUCGGCCAGCCAAUAUUACACGAGCUAACACCGAUGGAAGCGGCCUACUCGUCUUCCGCAAUGUAACACUCGGCUGGCCCAAUGGCCUGUCUAUUGACUUCAAGGAAGAUCGUGUUUAUUGGUGCGACGCACUGCUAGAUCAUGUGCAGCAUGCGAAUCUGGAUGGCACGGAUAUCAAGACGGUCAAUUCGCGCCUUGUGCGCCAUCCUUUCUCCAUAGUUAUACACAACGACUGGAUGUACAUAACGGACUGGAGGCUAGAUGCCAUUAUACGAUUGCAUAAGCUAACGGGCGAGCAGGAGGAGAUGAUGGUACGUGAGCCGCAAACCAAUCGACUUUAUGGCGUGAAAGUGUACAGCCACGAUGUACAGCGCAUUGCUGAGACGCAACCUUGCCACUUGAACAAUGGUGGCUGCCAGAAGAUUUGCUUUGCCGUACCCCUCACACAUAAUGACACGCAGACGCCGCCAGCCUCUGGAGCGGGUGCGCAAGAUGUUCGCCUACAGUCGCGAUGCUCCUGCCCCUAUGGUGAACGUUUGGCCGAGGAUCAAGUGAGCUGUAUUCCCGAUCCCAGGGCCGAGCCACCUGUACAGCCGUGUCCGAACUCUUGGGACUUCACGUGCAACAACCAACGUUGCAUACCUAAAUCAUGGGUGUGUGACGGUGAUGAUGACUGCCUCGACAACAGUGAUGAGGAGCAAAAUUGCACGAAACCCACAUGCGGCUCAAAUGAGUUCCAAUGUAAGUCCGGCCGAUGCAUUCCCCUCAACUUCCGUUGCGAUCAGGAGAACGAUUGUGGUGACAGCUCGGAUGAGCUUGACUGCGGUAAUGUAACGUGUGGUACCUCGCAGUUUGCCUGCGCCAAUGGUCGCUGCAUCCCGAAUAUGUGGAAGUGCGAUAGCGAGAAUGAUUGUGGAGACAGCAGUGAUGAGGGCGACUUCUGUGCUGAAAAGACAUGUGCCUAUUUCCAGUUCACAUGUCCACGCACCGGUCACUGCAUUCCUCAGAGUUGGGUGUGUGAUGGCGAUGACGACUGCUUCGACAAACAAGACGAAAAGGACUGCCCGCCUAUAAGUUGCUUAGCCAACCAAUUUAAGUGCACCGACCUAAGGCAGUGUGUCGAGGAAUCAUAUAAAUGCGAUGGCAUUCCCGACUGUAACGAUGGCAGCGACGAACUGGGCUGCCCCAGCAUGGGACCCAAUCAGUGUAACUUAGAAAAGCACUUCCGCUGCAAGUCCACCGGUUUUUGCAUACCCAUUGCUUGGCACUGUGACGGCUCUAACGACUGUAGCGACCACUCUGAUGAGCAGGAUUGCGGUCAGAUUACCUGCGCCCAAAACUUCUUUAAGUGCAACAACACCAACUGCAUUUUCAAGGCAUAUAUAUGUGAUGGCAAGGAUGACUGCGGCGAUAACUCUGAUGAAGGUGCGGAGCAUGCUUGCGUACCUCCGCCCUUCAAGUGCCCGCACGGUCAGUGGGAAUGUCCCGGAGUAACUGAACGUUGCGUUAACAUAACCUCAGUAUGCGACGAUACACCGGACUGUCCAAAUGGUGCUGAUGAGGGCGAAGGCUGUGCACUGGCCGAGUGCGAGCAUCAGACUGGCCAAUGCUCCAACUUUUGCCAGAAGACUCCGGCUGGCGCCAUGUGCGUGUGUCCACCGGGCUCAGAAAUCGGCGAAGAUGGCUUUACCUGUGUCGACACAAAUGAAUGUGAUCCACCUGGCUUGUGUUCUCAGCAGUGCACGAACACAAAGGGCUCCUACUUCUGCUCCUGUACCGCCGGCUAUGUCCUGGGACCCAACAAGCACACUUGCAAAGCGGUCAAUCAUACAGCCGCCUUCCUUAUCAUCUCCAAUCGACACUCUAUAUUAGUAGCCGAUCUGAAGGAGCAGGGCCUUGAACGUGUCCCCAUUAUUGUGGAGAACGUGGUGGCCACCGCCUCCAACAUGCACACAGGUACUAUUUUCUGGAGCGACAUGAAGCUGAAAAAGAUUUCCCGACUAGACCGUGGCAUGGAGCCCCAAGAGAUUAUAACCACCGGCUUGGACUUGGUUGAAGGUCUGGCCUAUGAUUGGAUUGCUCAGAAUCUAUAUUGGCUGGAUAGUAAAUUGAACACAAUUGAAGUGUCGGCCGAAAACGGCUCAAAUCGUCUAGUUUUGGUACGCGAGAAUAUCACCCAACCACGUGGAAUGUGCAUCGACCCUAGUCCUGAUGCAAGCUUCAUCUUCUGGACCGAUUGGGGUGAAAAUCCACGUGUCGAACGCAUUGGCAUGGAUGGAACCAUGCGACAAACGAUCAUCAACACAAAAAUCUAUUGGCCCAAUGGUCUGACCCUAGAUAUAGCUACUAAGCGCGUAUACUUUGCAGAUUCAAAGCUGGACUUUAUUGAUUUUUGUUACUAUAACGGCACGGGCAGACAACAAGUCCUAGCAAGCAGUCAUUACUUGCUACAUCCGCAUUCCCUUUCAUUAUUUGAGGACACGCUAUACUGGACAGACCGUCAGCUCAACCGCGUGUUGUCGGCAAAUAAAUUCCGUGGCAAAAAUCAGACAGUUGUUUCCCAUCUUAUCAGUCAGCCGCUUUCCAUACACGUGCACCACGCUUCGCUCCAGCCCAUGUUCCCAAAUCCCUGCGCCCAAGCGAAAUGUCAGCAUCUAUGUCUUCUUAGUCCCAGUGCUGUUGAACACUACUCAUGCAAGUGUAAGCCAGGAUAUCGUUUGUUAAGUGAGGGACGUUGCAUUGAAGAGGAAAAUCCCUACCUCAUGGUAGUAAAGGGCACACAGAUUGUGGAUCUGCCCCUAAAUGGCGGUGAUGCCCGCGCCGGAUCUCUUGCUCCAGUCAUAGGAAUUGAAAGUAGCACUGGGCUGGACUUUGAUCGCAAGGGAGAGACAUUGUACUGGGUUCAAGGACGCGAGGACGACGAUGAGAACUGCACUAUUUACACAACACCCUAUGGCGGAGGCAAUAAGACUCUAUUCCUUGGACUGGACACUGGCAUUGUUGGUGCGCCGUACACCAUUGCCUUCGAUUGGCUGGGUCGUAACCUUUACAUUGGCAAUCGAAUCGCUAGCAACAUUGAAGCGGUGCGAGUGGAUGGAAAGCAUAAGUAUCGCACCGUCAUAUUGGCCAACGAUGGCAAUGCCAACUCUGUGUCAAAGCCGAAACAGUUGGCGCUCGAUCCUAGUGAAGGAAAGCUGUUUUGGAUCGACGAAGGCGUACUAGAAGUGCCAGUCAAGAUUGGUCGCGUAGACAUGAAUGGCUCCGAUGCGCGAGUACUACGUCAAGAUCUGAAGCACCCAGAAAGCAUUGCACUGGAUAUUGAGAAGAAAAUGAUCUACUACAGUACCAGUUCUCCGGCCUCAAUAUGUGCCAUGGACUAUAAUGGUGAUGAUCACACCAUUAUACUUAAUCAGGACCAAGCUAUUUCACGUCCACGCAGUCUUGGAAUCUUGGACCAUCGUAUGUAUUACUUGGAUCCCAUCUAUGAGAAAAUCAUGCGCGUCGACUUACCGCGCGGUGAUAAUCCUAAAACAAUUGUGGAUAAUGAGCCUGAUCUGCGCAGCAUGAUGAUCUACAAAAAACGAUCAACCAUGCACCAUCCGUGCCAAACGGACAAUGGUGGCUGCAAACAGCUUUGCAUUCCAGGCUCCGGAGCUUCACGAACGUGCGCCUGCAGCGUUGGCUACCGCAAGGAGAACGAGAUCAAUUGCGUGGCCUACAAGACCUUUGCUGUCGUCUCACAACUGGAUGUCAUACGAGGCUACAGUUUAACGGACAGCGCCGAGGCCAUGCUACCGGUCAGCGGUCCAGGCCAUCACAUUCUUCACGUUGAUGUCAUGUACCGGGAGCAGUGGAUCUAUUGGGCGGAAUAUAACCGAGGCUACUGGAAUGGCAUCUUCCGUGCCCGUCCUAAUGGCACAGACCUGCAACAUGUAAUCAAGGAUGGCAUUGGUAGCAACGGAAUACGCGGCCUCACUAUUGAUUGGGUAGCGGGUAAUAUGUACUUUACCAAUGUGUAUCCACAUGAAAACUACGUAGAAGUAUCCUGGCUGGACGGCACCAAUCGCAAAGUGCUAGUCAAAACCACGAACGACGCCCCACGCGAGCUAGCCGUCAAUCCUAUUAAGCGUCUGCUCUAUUGGAUUGAUUAUGGACAGCACCCACGCAUUGGAAAGGCCCUUCUAGACGGUAGCAAAUGGACACCCCUAGUCACAUCGGGUAUCGCCAUGCCUCGUGAUCUUACCAUCGAUAUGCAAACGCAUGACGUCUACUGGGUGGACUCUAAGCUAGACAUGAUACAAAAAAUCUCCUACAAUGGUUUUCAUCGUAAAGUCAUACGCAGGGAUCUUCCGAACCCAAUGGGUAUCGCGAUUUAUUUGAACGAUGUAUACUGGGUCGAUCGCAACCUGAAGGCCGUGUUCAAGGCUUCUAAAUUAUAUGGAAAUGAAACAGAGGUGACCCGCGUACGAACCAAUUUGGAGAAGCUACGGGAUAUUGCCAUAUAUAACAUUAACAAUCAACCACCAGACACUAAUCCAUGUGCACAUUUGGGAAAUGGCGGCUGUGAUCAGCUUUGCUUCAGUUUUCCGCCAGAUUCUGUGCCAUCGACGGGCAAGAACUUCCGAUGCGAGUGUGCCACAGGCAAACUUUCCACAGAUGAGCGCAAAUGUGAAACGGUGAACGAGUAUCUGGUGUUUGCCACACGCACAGAAAUACGAGCUGUCAAUCUCGAUCCACAUUCCACAGAGGUUCCCUUCACCCCGCUCACCAAUCUAACCAAUGUUGUAGGCCUUGACUUUGAUUUUGUGGACAAUCGAAUGCUAUACACACAGAUUAGACCUUGGGCCAAGAUCGCCUACACACAGGCCAACAAACCCAGUCACUCGGACAUCAAGGUUGUGCUGAGUAAGGGUAUCAAUCCCGAAGGAAUUGCCUAUGACUGGACCCAGAACAAGAUCUAUUGGACGGACAGCUCCAACAAUUCCAUCUAUGCCAUGAAUCUCGACGGUAGCGAGUUGGUUAUGAUUGCACGCGUGGAGCGUCCGCGCGCCAUUGUGCUCGAUCCUUGCAAUGGUACGCUAUUCUUCACCGACUGGGGUCGUUUCGGCACCUCGGGUAAAAUAUUCCGCACCACCAUGGCAGGCUCGCUGAAGCGCGCCAUUGUUGACAAAGAUCUAUCGCAACCCAGUGGCCUGGCAAUCGACUACGACGAGCGUAAGCUCUACUGGACCGAUGCAGUGCGUGAGAAAAUUGAACGUUCCGACCUAGAUGGUCGCAAUCGUGAACUGCUGGUAGACGCCACGAUUUAUCCUUUCGCCAUUACUGUAUUCCGCAACUACAUUUACUGGACAGACCUGCAGCUGCGCGGCGUCUACCGUGCCGAGAAGCACACAGGCGCCAACAUGGUAGAGAUGGUGAAGAGACUAGAGGACUCUCCGCGUGACAUUCGUAUUUAUAGUGCAGACCGACAGAAGUGUACCGUAAAUCCAUGCCUAAUUAACAACGGAGGCUGUGCCCAAAGCUGUCAUCCAGCACCUAAUGGCAAAGCCGAGUGCCGAUGCGACGACAAUUCCAAGGUAGUCAAUGAAGGACGCAUGUGUGCACCACGAAACAACACGUGUGAGGCGAGCAAGUUUUACUGCCAGAACGGAAAGUGUAUCUCUCGUAUGUGGUCCUGCGAUGGUGAUGAUGACUGCGGCGAUGGUUCCGAUGAGGAUCCCACAUACUGUGCGUUCCAUUCUUGCUCACCCAAUGAGUUCCGCUGUAACAACGGACGCUGCAUCUUCAAGUCAUGGAAGUGUGAUCAUGAAAACGACUGUAAGGAUGGCAGUGAUGAAAUAGGUUGCACGUAUCCACCCUGCGUAGAUGGAGAGUUUACGUGCGGUAAUGGACGCUGCAUCCCUCAAGCCCAGGUCUGUAAUGGAGUGAACGAUUGCAAGGAUAACGCAACAUCUGAUGAGACACAUGAACGGUGCCCCAUGAACACAACAUGCCCUGCCAACCAUCUUAAGUGCGAGAAAACCAACAUAUGUGUCGAACCCUAUUGGCUGUGCGAUGGCGACAACGACUGUGGUGACAACUCUGACGAGGAUCCGCUACAUUGCGGCCAGCGCACCUGUCCCACAAACAGCUUCCGGUGCCCCAACCACCGCUGCAUACCGGCAACUUGGUAUUGUGAUGGAGACGAUGACUGCGGUGAUGGGGCGGACGAACCUCCAGAUUACUGCAAGUCCGAGGGACGCACCUGCUUUGGGGACCUCUUCACCUGUGACAAUGGCAACUGCAUACCCCGAAUCUACAUUUGCGAUGGCGACAACGACUGUCUCGACAACAGCGAUGAGGACAAUCGACAUCAGUGCAAUGAUCGUAAGUGUGACGAGGAAACUGAAUUUACGUGCGUGGAAAACAAGUCAUGGCAGCGGGCUCAGUGCAUACCCAAAAAAUGGAUAUGCGAUGGAGAUCCCGAUUGCGUUGAUGGUGCCGAUGAGAACACCACACUUCACAACUGCGCCACCCAACAGCCUUGCGGCGAGGACAUGUUCACAUGUGGCAAUGGACGGUGCAUAAAUAAGGGCUGGAUUUGUGAUCAUGAUAACGACUGCGGCGAUGGCACCGAUGAGGGAAAAUUCUGCAAUUCCAAAUACAAGACAUGCUCCCCACAGGAGUUCACCUGCCAAAACUUCAAAUGCAUUCGCAAUCAGUAUCGCUGCGAUGGCGAGGAUGAUUGUGGUGAUCACUCGGACGAGGUAGACUGCAAAAAGGAUAACUCUACAUGUGCCCAGGGUCAAUUUGCGUGCAGCAAUGGGCAGUGCAUCGAUUAUAGUCUUGUCUGUAAUAAGGUGCCGGACUGCACAGAUGAAUCCGACGAACCGGCUCAUUGUAACGUAGACGAGUGUGCCAAGGUGGAGAUCAACCAGUGUGGUCACAAAUGUGUCGAUACGCUUACCGGCUACUACUGUGACUGCAAUGCAGGAUAUAAACUGCUUGCUGAUGGCAAAGCUUGUGCUGAUGUUGACGAAUGUCUAGAGCAGCCAGGAGCUUGCUCACAACACUGCUCCAAUACCCCGGGCAGCUUCUACUGCAAGUGUGACGAAACGUACUACGAACGCCAAAAUGACGAGCACACCUGCAAGCGCAAGGACAACAUUCCUCCCUGGCUUAUAUUUACCAACAAGUAUUAUGUGCGCAACAUGUCUGUGGAUGGACAUCAGUACAAUCUGAUGCAUCAGGACCUGAUGAAUGUGGUAGCACUGGACUUUGAUAUCAAGGAGCAGUACAUGUACUUCUGCGACGUCACAGCCAAGACUAUAUUCCGUGCCAAAUACGGUGAUGAUGACGAUGCACAGCCGAAGGAGCGUGAAGCUGUCAUACGUCACGAUUCCCAUGGCUUGGAGGGCAUUGCCAUUGACUGGGUGGGACGCAAACUUUACUGGCUGGACAGACACUCGAAGAAUUUGGACGUUUCCGAGUUGGAUGGCACCAAGCGCAAGACGCUGCGAAGCGGCGUCGUCGAUCCUCGCGCCAUUGUGGUGCAUCCAGGCAUUGGCUAUCUAUACUUUACCUCCUGGCAUUUGCAGGCCUACAUUGCCAAGAUGGGAAUGGAUGGCUCCAACUUUACGCGCAUACUCAACUGGAAUGAUGGUAUUGCUUGGCCAAAUGCGUUGUCCAUUGACUAUUUCACCGAUCGCAUUUAUUGGGCCGAUGCUCAUCUGGACUACAUUGCCUAUGCCGAUUUAGAGGGCCGUCAUCGACACACAGUGCUCUCGGGCAGUCGUGUGCCUCACGUCUUUGCUCUCAGCCUAUUUGAUGACUACAUCUACUGGAGUGACUGGAACCUAAAGGCCAUUGUACGCGCCAAUAAGUUCCAUGGUGCCAACUAUACAGUACUACGGAACACCACCCACCGACCUUAUGACCUGCACAUCAAUCACCCAUUGCGCCAGCUGCCCUACACGAACCCUUGCGGUACCAACAACGGUGGCUGCUCGCAUCUUUGUUUAAUUGCUCCGCCACCAGAAUCCACAUAUCUAAACAUCGAAGGUUACAUUGAGGAGGGUGCACCCAUCUACAAGUGCGCCUGCCCCAAUCAAUAUUACCUGGCUCGCAACCAAAAGACUUGCAUAGCUAACUGCACAGCCGGUCAGCACCUUUGCGGUGGUGGGGACGAAAAGUGCAUCCCAUGGUUUUGGAAAUGCGAUGGAGAGAAGGAUUGCAAGGAUGGCUCCGACGAACCCGCAAGUUGUGCACCUCGCCACUGCCGCGCCGGCACAUUCCAGUGCAGGAACACCAACUGCACACCGUCGGCAACAAUUUGCGAUGGCAUCGACGACUGCGGCGAUGGCAGUGACGAACAGAACUGUGACCUGCCCUGUCCAUUGUCUGACUUUAAGUGCAAGUCUAGCGGACGUUGCAUUUUAGAUAGCUGGCGAUGCGAUGGUGAUGCGGACUGCAAAGAUGGCAGCGACGAAGAUCCAGCCGUGUGUCAUAAGCGCACCUGUGACCCAUCCACGGAGUUCAAAUGCAAGAACGGCCGAUGCAUUCCGCAACUGUGGAUGUGUGACUUCGAUAACGACUGCGGCGACGACUCUGACGAGCCGGCAUACAUGUGCCGUCAACGCAACUGCACCGUGGGCUGGCAACGGUGUCCCGGCCAGUCCAAUUACCGCUGCAUACCGAAGUGGCUCUUCUGCGAUGGCAAGGAUGACUGUCGCGAUAACAGUGACGAGCUGCCAGAGAACUGUCCGAAGUGCUCGGCGGAGACGGACUUCAAAUGUGGAAACAAUCGCUGCAUACCCAAGCAAUGGAUGUGUGAUUUUGCCGAUGAUUGUGGGGACGCCAGUGACGAGAACGAUGCGAUCUGCAAGGGUCGCUAUCGCGAAUGCUCUGAGUCAGAGUUCCGGUGCGGCAACGGCAAAUGUAUUUCGUCCCGUUGGCAAUGCGAUCAUGAGGACGACUGCGGCGACAACUCAGACGAGAUGAACUGUGAAGGGUAUCAGUGCAAAAAUGGAACAUUCCAAUGUGCCUCGGGCCACUGUAUUGCCGCUUACUUCCGUUGCGAUGGCGAUCGCGACUGUCGUGAUAUGUCUGAUGAGGUGGGAUGUCCACCGCGCUUCCCUGGCGGUCGCUACUGUCCGGAGUCACGCUUCCAGUGCACCAACAACCUCUGUGUCUCACUCUCUGAUCUGUGCGACGGCACUGAUGACUGCGGCGAUGGCAGCGACGAGGAUCCAAAGGUGUGCAGCGACUUCAACUGCGACACCCUACGCCGCUUCCAGUGUGCCAACCAUCGCUGCGUCGCUCGCUACCAGAUCUGUGACGGCAUAGACAACUGCGGCGAUGGCAGCGAUGAGAACAACAUGACGCUAUGCGCCAGCAAGCAGAAACCCUGCGAUCUUUACACGCAGUAUCAAUGCGCCAACAAACACUGUAUCGAACGGUCCCAGGUGUGCGACUUUUCGGACGACUGUGGAGACGCGAGUGACGAGCUUGGCUGUCAUCACACGAGCAGCUGCUCGGAGAGCAAUCGUGGCGGCUGCCAGCACCACUGCCAGAACUUAACGGACGGUGGCUAUAUAUGCACCUGUUAUCCCGGCUAUAUUAUAGCGCCCGACAACAAGAAACAUUGCGCGGACGUGGACGAGUGCGCCACGCGCCAGCACACGUGCUCCCAUCAGUGCCAUAAUUUGAAUGGUACCUAUACCUGCAGCUGUCGUGAUGGUUUCCAUCUAACCGAUUCCGCCUCGGGUGUGUGCAAGGCCGAGAAGGAUGAUGUGGUGCUUGUGUUUGCCAAUGGACCAGAGAUACGAGGCCUAAAUCUACAUAAGAAGGAAGAGUUUGACGUGAUUGCCGCAGAGAAACGUAUCGAAGCUCUGGACUAUGAUGCCCAACAGCAGAUUGUGUUCUGGGCAGACAGCUAUGACAAGACAAUCAAGCGCUCCUACAUGGUGAAUGCAUUAGAUGGACAAGCCAAGAUUGGAUUUGCGCAGGAUCUAAAUAUGAAGGGCGGAUCGAAGCCCACAGCGGUGGCGGUAGACUGGCUAGCAUCGAAUCUUUACUGGACUGAGGUGGAUCGCACGGGUAGUAAACCACGCGGACGCGUGAUGGUGGCCAAGACAGAUGGCCGCUAUCGCCGCAGCAUUGUGAAUGCUGGCCUGGAAGUGCCCACAUCCAUUGCAGUGAACCCACAGCUAGGUCGCAUAUAUUGGGCCGAUGCUGGUUCGGCGCCCAAGAUCGAGGUCUCCUGGAUGGACGGCUCCAAGCGCCGUCCACUGAUCACAGAACAGAUCCGCCAUCCAGCUGGGUUGACCAUCGACUACUCGCAGGAUCACAUCAUUUACUGGGUGGACACCAAGCUCAAUACAAUUGAGUCCAUGCGCGCCGAUGGAUCAAGGCGCAAGCCAAUUGUCAAGGGUGACCAGCUGCGUCAUCCCGUUUCGCUCGAUUUGUUCGAGUCCAACAUGUACUGGGUAACUCGGGAUACUGGCGAGCUAUUGCGCCAGGACAAGUUUGGACGCGGUGUGCAGGUCGUGGUGCAUCGCAAUCUCGUCAAUCCGUCCGGCUUAAAGGUCUACCAUGAGAAGCGUUACAACACCUCGCUGCGCAAUCCAUGCUACGAAUCCAGCUGCUCACAUCUAUGCCUGCUGGUGCCCGGUGGCCAUCGCUGCGCCUGCCCAGACAGCUCAGGACCUUUGCCUUCGCAUCGCAGCACCGCCGAGGUGAUUUGUGAUGCGGCCGCCGAGCGUCCACGCCCGGCACCGCGAAUUUGCCGCUGCCAGAACGGUGGCCUCUGCAAGGAGGACGAUCGUGGCGAACUCUACUGCGAGUGUUUGUCCGACUUCAAGGGUGACAGUUGCGAGCGCAGCACGACGGGCGCUUUUGGCCAUGGUGGCGCCAAUGUAACAGCCGUAGUCGUGCCCAUCAUGGUCAUAUUGUUGGUCAUGAUGGCUGCCGCUGGUGCCUGGUAUGUCAUACGGAAGCGACCAUUCGGCAAACUGGCACGCAUGCCCGCCAUCACCUCCUCACAGAGCGUUACGUUCCGCCAUGGCUCCAACGUCGAGUUCAGCGAGUCUGGUUUCCCGGGCGCCUCAGCGCCUGGCAGCAACGAUGUGGCUCCCAUCGAGGGCUACAACCUGCAAACAGUCAACGCCAACAAGGCUCGCGACUUUGCCAAUCCAAUGUACGAUGCUGUGCAGUCUGGCACCAGCGAUCCGAGCAUUGGCAACGGCUCAGGCAUUUACGAUGUGCCACAGGAACCCUCCAAGUCCAAGCCCAUAGGCUCCUUCACGGAUCCGAGCUCCGCCAUCAUUGCGCCAAGCAGCAUUACGCACAAGUCUUCGCCACAGCUGCAGCUGCGAACCAGAGAGCUAGAUCCGUCGGCCGACACCGGCAAGGACACCCAGUAUCUGGUGGAGGAGGAUAAGUCUGAGUGCUGAUAUCAAGCUAAGCCCGCAGCGGUAACUAUGGCGACCACGCCCACCGCCCUGCCGCUGGGCUGUCGCCGGCAGCAGUCGUCGUCGUCCCAACGUCCGGCCCACAACAGCUACCCGUUGCAAACAUAACACAGACUUCUCCAACAAAAACAACAGCAACAACAACAACAACAAAAACAACAACAGCAAAAACAGAAACACCAACAGCAGCAGCAGCAGCAGCAGCAACCACAGCAGUUGCGAUCGCACAGCAAACAUCACGAAUCCAAAUCCUGGCAUGUGGCCAACGAGAAUGCCUCAAAACUAACAACCAAGGUGUAAAGACAAACGCAUAUAUAAGGUAUAUGAAGGAUCGAGGCAGGCACAGGCAGCAAGUUUUGUAAACAAGAAGAAUUAUUUAUUAUACUAUACACAACAUUUUAUACAUGUAUGUAGACCGAUCUUCUUUAUUUUAUUUUCUAAUUUUUUUUUUUGAGAGAGAUACUAACAACAAAGAAAAGUCGAGCGAAAAUAUUGAACACACAUAUCCUUGAAGACAAAUGAGAAAAGGGCGCGCGAGUGCCUGGCAAACUACUGUUGCAAUUAUUAAUAUAUAAAAAGCUAUAUAUACAUAUAUACAUAUAUAUACAUACAUAUAUACGUAUACAUACAUACAUACCUAUACAUAAAAAUGUAAGCUAGAGAGCCACGAGCCACACCCACUAAGCGGGAAUGCGCGCCAGCCAAAAAAUAAAGGGGAAAAAAUAAAAUUAAUAAUAAUAAAUAAAUUAAAAGCCAAGCAACCAAAUCCAAUUCCGGAUCCACUCGCUUACGGCCCGCGUUUCCGGUUAGCGGUUGUCUCGCCCCCCCACACACACACACACACACACACACACAACAACAAUAACAACAAAAACAACAAGCUAAAGUGCAACAAAAACUUAUAAGGCCAACAUUUCAUUAUGUUGUCGUGUUUUUUUUUUAUUUAAAGCUGCAAAAACAAAAAUGGUGUAAAAAGGCAUAGAGUAUAUUUUUCUGAAUGCUAAUGACAAUAUUAACUAUAUACAUAUAUGUAUACAACAAUGAGGAAACAAAAGCAACGCGAUUAUAUAUGUACGUGUAUUUGUUUAACAAAAUGCAGGCAAAAUCUAAGCUAAGUGUGCAUUUUUUUUUUAAACGCUAAGACCAGGGAAUCAAAUCGGAAUCAAAACUAUCGCAGAAACCAUGGGGACUCAGAUGGGAGGCAACAUCUCAAAUCAAUGCACUUAAUCCGGUCCAAUUUUGGGUUUCUUUAUACCACACAUGCCCCAAAAUUUGAAAAAUGUAAAAGAUUCCGGAUUGGCAGCUCCAUUAUAGUACAUUUCUCUAGAACCGUAACCGAUAGGAUAUUGGUUCCGGUUGUAAUCUCUGGCAGAACACAGCAACAAAAACAAAAGAAACAAAAACAGCAACGUAAACACAAACACAAAUGCGACUCUGUACUAGAAUUUCUAUAUUUUUCUAAAAACAAAACAAACUAAAAAUCCAUGAAAACAGACAAACGCAAUUGACUCAAAGCAAGCUGUAAAGCCACUAUAUAGUAAGCUCCGAUUUGGGCAAUAGCAGCAGCAGCAGCAACAACAGUAACAACAGCAAGCAACAACAAAGUACAUAUGUAUAUCAUAAAUAUUUAUAUAAAUUAUUUUAAUAGCUAUUUAUUAAAGAGGAAAAAAAGUUAAAGAAAAAGAAAGACCAUCGGAAAUAUUUGGAACCUUCUCGCGAGCAUUCCAACGGGCAAGAACAAAGUAAAGCAUUCCAAACAGAAGAAGGACAAGAUGAAGAAGAAGAAGAAGUUGAUGAAUAUGAAUAUUAAAUAAAGAAAAAGCAUUCCACAAAAACAGGCAAUAGGCGGUCCAGUCUCCACGUCCACACACCUCAAACGUUUCCACGAUUCCGAUUCGGGCACUCGAAAUUGUUUGUUUCUAAACAAAGCUAAGCUUUUUAUUCAUAGUUACAUAUUUCACAACUGCAGUUAAAAUACAUAUAUAUGCGUUCGUUUGUGUGUGUAAUUAACAUUUAGCGUUUUUAUUUUUUAAUUCUAUAUUUUUUUUAUUAUAUACACAUAUAUAUAUACUUAUAUAUAUAUAUGAUUUGUUUGGUCGUCGAAAGUUUUGUAACUUGUGCAAAUCCGUGCUUCCUUUCAUUUAAGCGUGUUUUUAGCAUAAAUUUAGUGAAAGAUGAAUUAUAUAUACAUACAAUAUAUAUACAUAUAUAUAUAUAUAUAUGACGAUGAUAAUGAAGCGUUAAGACGAUGAUUGUGGGAGUUGAUGUAUAUUUAGUGUCAAGUGAAAAGAAAAACUAUUUGUUGAAAAGAAAUUAAUUUUUUUUUAUUAUACAAAAGAAAAACAUCAAAUAAAAAAUAAUAAAACAAAAACUGAAAACAAUA